AUGGCCCCUUCGUUCAUGAUCGAUAACGACUCCGAUUUCAAUCCGAUAUCCCCUCCAACAACCAAACCCCCCUCUCCCAACGCCAGAGCCCUCCUCCUUGCCCCUCCAUCCAUAUCAAGCCAUGAAGAAAGACUGCGGAAUGUGCUCUCUACAUAUGAUCGAUCCGUCACGGAUUUGCAAAUGCUGGAUCGCUUGUCAGCGGGGCUUGUGACUCUUCCCGACUCCACCUACGACCUUGUAUUAAUACUCACCGAUGCGGAUGGAUCACGCAAAGAAUCAUCGGACCUGCUUGGAAGAGACGCAUUUGGCAAGAUUGUUCAGGCUUUGAAGCCUGGCGGAAAAUUGGAGGCCCAGGAUGGCGCUUUUGACCAGAAUACGGGCGGCGCCGAGCAUAGAGAGGCUAUACUUGCAGGCCUGGUGGCAGAGGGUAGCAGGAUGGUGAAGCCGAACUACAGUGCAAGUGAAGCUAUGCCAUUGAAAUUACGGAGGAAACUAAAGGAAUCUGCUGUAUCGAAUGCUGGGCCCCCAGUUCCUGCACCGACGGCAAUGGCAAGUGGAGGCCCUGUACAGGCGCAGAACAAGCCAGCGGGAGUAGGCUUUGUGGAUUUCAGCGACGAUUUUGACGAUCCUAUGAUCACAGGGGAGAGUGACGAUGAUGAGCUUAUAGACGAGGACACAUUGCUCACAGAGGAAGACAUGAACAGGAGCCUUGCUAUUCCACCCGAAUGCGCACCAAGAGUUGGAAAGCGUCGCCGUGCCUGUAAAGACUGUACCUGUGGUCUUGCCGAACGAAUAGCGAAAGAAGAUGCUGCAAAGCGGUCUGAUGCAGAUGCAAAACUUCAGACUCUCAAGUUAGGAGCGGACGAUCUCGCAGAAGUUGACUUCACCGUUCAAGGAAAAGUCGGGUCUUGUGGAAAUUGUAGUCUAGGGGAUGCUUUCCGCUGUGAUGGUUGUCCAUAUAUCGGCAUGCCUGCCUUUAAACCUGGGGAGGAGGUAAGGCUGCUCAACAACGAUGUACAGUUGUGA